UAUGGUCGUCUCCAUGCUUCGCCUCCGGCGUUGCUUCGGCCUCGGCCCAUGUCGUCUCCGCCCCUCGCCUUCGACGUCGCCUCCGUAACCAUCUAAAAGCUUGUGUUGGCACCAUCUUCCUCUCACCUCGAAUGCUAACAUGACAUAUGGGUCGAUCAAAUGACAAAUAUCCAAUAGCACUCAUCUGGUGUUUAAUUGUCGUUUUGGCCUUUUCUUCUCUCCAUGAUUUCCUGAUCAUACCAUUCGAUAUCAUAUUGUUUUUGUUUUUUUUAAUAAUAUAAAAUGAUAUAUUUUACGCGAUAUUUUUGUACCAUACUGAUUCCACAGAUUGUCCAAAGAUUCCACCUUUUAAGCUCUAAUCUGCAAGUAAAAGGACCCAUCAGCAUCGAAGACAAUAAUGUCGAGGGGGAGGAUGUCAUGCAGGAGAAGAAGAAGAAGAAGAAGAAGAAGAAGAAGGUUGUGCGGGCCUUCUCUCCCACACAACACGGGAAUUCUGCGACAUCUUAUCAAAUAUCAGAUCAGCUGCCACUGGAUCCUCAUCCAUCAACAAUCAAAGAACACAAGGCAGCUCUUCCAACCUUGAAAUCGAGUUACUCAUGGUGACCAACAGCAAAUACAGUGAAAGUAGGUGUCUGUCGGUCCGAGAACUGUUCUCCUCUUACUGUGCAUUCAGUUUCAGCUUCACCAGGACAAGCAGCAAGUGGAACAGUCCAUACUCUACUUGGUGCCCUUUAUGUGUUUGUUGAUAUUCUUCUUACAUUUUGUGACAGUUGUUGCCAGUCCCUGUCACCAUUAAUUCCCUCCUGUGCAGAGUUCAGUAGGACAUAUGAGCUCCUGGUUCCAUCUUCACCUGUUCAUUUGUGCUUCGUAAUUUUGUGCUGACCCCCUUUUUCCCCUUUUCCUUGUUCAGCUAUUGUUCCCUCACUUCCUCUUCUUGGCUAACAGCAUAGAUUUCACGGCUCAAGGCAUCUGAAUUGUCUAAUUCCUUUUCAUUUUCCUGUUUCAGGGAACUCCUUCAGAUAAUUUCUUCUGUUUUCCUCCAGCGUACCACUCCUAUUGUACUCCUUCUAUUUCAAGUACCUUUUCUCUAGUUAGGUCUAGGGUUUAGCUAGCAUAAUAUUCUGUGCUUCUCACUUGUCUUGCUAGAGAGAGAUAGCUCUUGGUAGUUUCCGUUUCUUGGUCUUUCGUUUGCUUUUCUUUUCUAAUAUUUCUUUUUUGACCUUUCUUUAUGAUCAUAAUUGGCUCUUACUCUUUCUUGUUUCUUCAUUUUCUUACUUUCUAGUGACGCUUUGCAUAUUUGUUAAUCAUGGUUUAUGUUCUUCAGCCUCCUGGUUACACUGAUACGUGAGAAGGUUAUUAUUGGUUUGGUCCUGGUAAUGAUGCUAGCGGUUUUGGUUUUGUUUCGGAGACUAUGAUGCAAUUCUGAAAUCAACGAACAAUCUAGGAUCCUUAAUUAUGGAUCCUACCAUGAAGCAUGCUUUGCUUCUAUUUUUGGCACUCUGUUUUAGUCUCCUUCGGAGUGACCUCGGUAGGAAUGUCUCUGCUAUAAGACCUCCUACAGUGCACAUUGGAGCUCUUUUUUCCCACAAUUCCACCAUUGGAAGAGUUGCCAAGGUUGCCAUUGAUGCUGCAGUGAGCGAUGUCAAUGCAGACCCAAGUGUUCUCCAAGGCACGAAGCUGGUUGUUGAAAUGCAAGACUCCAAUUGCAACAGUUUCAUUGGUAUUGUUCAAGUUCAUGGAGACAGACAUUGUCGCAAUCAUUGGUCCGCAAUCUUCCGUAAUUGCACAUGUCAUUUCACAUGUUGCAAACGAUCUGCAAGUCCCUCUUCUUUCCUUUGCUGCCACAGAUCCUACUCUUUCUUCACUGCAAUAUCCCUUUUUUGUCCGAACAACCCAUAGCGAUCUCUUUCAAAUGGCUGCUGUAGCUGAACUAGUUGACUAUUACCAGUGGAGCCAGGUGAUAGCCAUAUUCGUCGAUGAUGAUUAUGGUAGAAAUGGAAUAAAUUCUCUAGGUGAUAAGCUUUCAGAGAAGCGCUACCAGAUAUCCUACAAGGCUGCAUUGCAACCCGGGGCUACAAGGCGUGACAUCAUGGAUUUGUUGGUUAAAGUUGCGCUGAUGGCUUCACGGAUUAUUGUCGUACAUGUGAAUCCAAGCAUCGGUAUUGAAGUUUUCGCCACAGCAAGAUAUCUAGGUAUGGUGUCAAAUGGGUAUGUUUGGAUAGCAACAGAUUGGCUUUCUUCAAUUUUAGAUUCUUCAACUCCACUGGAUACAGAUAUUUUGGACACAAUGCAAGGAGUUCUUGUAUUGCGACAGCACACUGUAGAUUCAAAACUCAAGAACACUCUAACUUCAAGAUGGAGCCAGUUGACCAAGAACGGCACAACUGAGAACUUCCAUCUUAACUCUUAUGGUCUAUAUGCUUAUGACACAGUGUGGCUGGUUUCUCAUGCAUUGGAUGCCUUUUUCAAUGAUGGUGGAUCGAUUUCAUUUUCAAAUUUCUCAAAUCUGCAUGAUGCUGAGGGAAGGAAUUUACACCUCGAAGCAAUGAGUGUGUUUGAUGGGGGCCAGAUUUUGCUGAACAAGAUUCAUAAUGUGAAUUUUGAUGGUGUUACUGGGAAAGUCCAGUUCGACUCUGAAGCGAACCUCAUUCACCCUGCUUAUGAUAUCCUCAAUAUGCUAGGAACUGGAUGGCGAACAAUCGGUUACUGGACAAACUACUCUGGAUUGUCAAUUAUGUCACCUGAAGAACUGUAUAUGAAUCCAGCAAAUAGUUCCAGUGCAAAUCAACAACUGUAUAGUGUCAUUUGGCCUGGGGAGGUGAUAACAAAGCCUCGUGGUUGGGUUUUCCCUAAUAAUGGGAAAGAGUUAAGAAUUGUUGUUCCUAACAGAGUAAGUUACCGGGAAUUUGUUUCAGUAGAGCCAGAUAACGAUGGCGUGAAGGGAUACUGCAUAGAUGUCUUUACUGCUGCCAUAAACUUGCUUCCAUACCCUGUCCCAUACAAGUUCAUACCUUUUGGAAAUGGCCAUGAGAAUCCCAAUUAUGCUAUGCUUGCUGAGUUGGUUGCGUCAGGUGACUUUGAUGCUGCUAUAGGCGAUAUAGCCAUAGUUACAAAUCGAACAAAGAUUGUUGAUUUUACCCAGCCAUAUAUCGAAUCGGGGCUUGUCAUAUUGGCUCCUAUAGAAAAGCUCAACUCAGAUGCUUGGGCUUUCUUGCAGCCAUUCACAGUGGCGAUGUGGUGUGUCACUGGGUUAUCCUUACUCAUAAUAGGAAUAGCCGUUUGGAUCCUUGAGCACAGGAUCAACGAUGAAUUCCGUGGGCCUCCAAAAAAACAGCUAGUUACAGUCUUUUGGUUCAGCUUCUCGACACUGUUUUUCGCUCAUAGAGAAAAUACUAUGAGUACUCUGGGGCGCGUAGUUCUGAUAAUAUGGCUUUUUCUGGUUUUAAUUCUUCAAUCCAGUUACACAGCUAGUCUGACGUCAAUUCUCACUGUGCAACAACUAUCAUCACCUGUAAAAAGCAUUGACAGUUUAAUUGCUAGUAAUGAGCCUAUCGGGUUUCAAGUUGGCUCAUUUACUGAGAACUAUCUUGUUGAGGAGCUUGGCAUUUCAAGAUCCAGAUUGAAAGCACUUGGUACCCCAAAUGAUUAUGUUAGAGCCCUUGAGCUAGGCCCCAAAAAAGGAGGUGUUGCCGCUGUGGUGGAUGAACGCCCCUAUAUCGAACUAUUUCUCUCAAUCCAAUGCGAGUUUGCCAUAGUAGGCUCAGAAUUUACCAAAAAUGGCUGGGGAUUUGCAUUCCCCAGGGACUCCCCUUUAGCUGUGGAUUUGUCCACUAAUAUCCUUACACUAUCAGAAAAUGGCGAUCUCCAAAGAAUUCAUGACAAGUGGCUUACCGGAAGAAGUUUGUGCAGCUCCCAAACGAGCGAGCUUGAGUCUGACCGCCUCCAACUUAAUAGCUUCUGGGGAUUGUUUCUGGUAUGUGGAAUGACAUGUACUGUUGCAAUGUUCGUAUACUUUGCGAUCAUGGUGCACCAGUACAUUCGCCACUACCCCUUGGAGGAAAGUGACUCUUCCGACCAUGGAAGCUCAAAAUCUGGGUGCAGCCUGCAGAGAUUCUUCUCCUUCAUCGAUGAGAAGGAAGAAGAUGUGAAGAGCAGGUCAAAGAGCAGGAAGAUGUUGCAGGCAGGAAACACUAGUCUUGAUAGUGAAAGCCAUAACAUUUUUUAGCUCAAACAAGAGUUCUUUGGGUUUGAAUGCUACAAGAACUCCAUAACUGUGAAUUGCUGUGGCAAUAUACGAGAGGCCAAAUCAAGAUUUUCUUCAGAAAGUUUGAGAAUCAAGAUAUUAUUUUCUAUGACAGUUUAGACCGAAAGAGGAGUGUCAAGGUAAAGAUGAGAUCCAUUAUACUGCAUGUGUGAUUCA